GGGUUUGGGGCAUCGCGGGGGUGGAAACCGGUGCGCGGCAGUUUGCCAGAGAUGCGGGUAAUUAUGAGGCCGCCUGAAGGGCCGCUGAUCACGUACUGUAAGUUACGCGUUUUCUCUGUGCACGCGCAAAAAAAGCUUUCUCUUUUUGAACUUGCUUGGGAGCAGUUGAACACUACAAAAAUUAAGAUGUCAGAAGACCUUGCUAAGCAGUUAGCUAGCUACAAAGCUCAGCUUCAGCAAGUUGAGGCAGCCUUAUCUGGGAAUGCAGAAAAUGAAGAUUUACUGAAACUGAAGAAAGACUUACAGGAAGUCAUAGAAUUAACCAAAGAUCUCCUUUCAACACAACCUUCAGAAACUCUUGCAAGUUCUGACAGUUCUGCUUCUGCUCUGCCCAGUCACUCCUGGAAGGUUGGGGAUAGAUGUAUGGCGAUAUGGAGUGAGGAUGGACAGUGUUAUGAAGCUGAGAUUGAAGAAAUAGAUGAGGAGAAUGGAACAGCUGCGGUCACAUUUGCUGGAUAUGGCAAUGCUGAAGUUACCCCUCUGUUCAACCUCAAGCCUGUGGAAGAGGGAAGAAAAGCAAAAGAGGACAGUGGCAACAAACCCAUGUCCAAAAAAGAGAUGAUAGCCCAGCAACGAGAGUAUAAAAAGAAGAAAGCUUUGAAAAAGGCUCAGAGAAUUAAAGAACUUGAACAGGAACGAGAGGACCAGAAAGUCAAGUGGCAACAGUUUAACAAUAGAGCCUAUUCUAAAAACAAAAAAGGCCAGGUAAAGAGGAGUAUUUUUGCUUCCCCUGAAAGUGUAACUGGCAAGGUUGGAGUUGGAACUUGUGGAAUUGCAGACAAACCUAUGACACAGUAUCAAGAUACCUCUAAAUAUAAUGUCAGGCAUUUAAUGCCUCAGUAACAGGGGGAAAAGGUGGAACUUCAUCUCUGCAGGGCUUUACACUUAUCUUUUUAUCAUUAUAUUUUUCUAAAAGUAAAUUAUUUGUUGGCACAUAGUGAGUAGUCCAUUUUGUCACCAUCACUUUGGCUUCUGCUGACAUGAGCCUUAAAUCUCCAGCUAUUGAUUUGACCCCUCCAAUCAUUAAACUUUUUGUAGUUGCAUUAAAACACAUUCUGCAGGUAAAUGCUUUCAUGAACUGCUGUUACCUGUUACUCUGAAAGCAGUAGUUAUCUGCAGCUUUGAUCUCUGGAACCUUCCAUUCACACUAGUAGUGAAGUUUUUUUUCCUUAAGAAAAGUGGUGGUAUAAAAAUGGCACCUUAACAGCCUUCCUUGUUUCUGUAGUCACAGUGCUGGCGGAGUGACAAGCUCAGCGCUACCGAGCUGCUGCAGCUCUGGGAGAGCUAGGUGACACCGCAGCUUGGAUGUCACAGGGAGUUGCUGAGGAGGUUCUAAAUUAUUCCCUUACAAAUCCACUGAAGAUCGAUUUGUACAGCUGUAAAUGAGGGCAGAACAGGGCCAGUAGGAUCUUUACUACUGAUUCAUAUGCUAGAAACAAUAAAUCUGACUUUAAUUCCAGCCUGAAUUGCCUGCACUAGAAGUUAAGCAGAGAAGAUAAUUUUUUUUUUUUUUUAAAUAGUCAUCAAAUUUUCAUAGGAGGUUAUUGAAAUGUAACCAGGAAACCACAGGACAAUGUAUUUAGACUCCGAUUUCAAAGUAGAGAAUUGUACUUAAAAAUAGCCCCCCCAUCCCGCCCCAAGGGUCGGCCAGUUGAGCAGAAACGGUUGUGCUUUGGGGAGGAGCCAUCAUCUCCUCUCUUGCAGAGUGUGUAGGUGAUGGUACAGUCACAGACCUGGAACACACAGCGACAGCUUGUCUCUGGGCCUCCCUCCAGUCCAGCAGAACUGCAGCACAGCAGCUACAAAUGCCUAGAUCCCACUUAGUUGUGAGUACAGGUUAGUCUGAAGUUCCUGUCCUUAAAUAACUGACUGGCCCUGGUAUUCACUGUAACUUCAGCUGUAUUAAAGUGCUGCUGAGCCCCUUCGAUUUUAUUCAGGAAACCACGUGUAAAAGCUCUUGCUUUCUUGUAUUUUAUAUGUGAUUUGCUUUCCUCUGUUACUUGUCUCUCACUUACGGUAGUGGUGCCAUCUCUGAACCCGUAAUGUGUUAAAGAAGUUAAUGGGUAGCCCUGUAUACAAUGUAGAUAUUAUUUUUGUAAAAUCUAGGGCUGAGUUAAUGGACAAGAGUACAUCAGCUAUUUCCCCCAUUAAAUAAUUAAAGGGUGUUUCUUGUCCAUUAACCCUGACCAUUAUUUCCCUGUAUAUUAUGUUAAUGUAGCUCAUUUUGUAAUUUGUUAACUAGAUCAGGUCACGUCAGCAAUUGUUGAUGCACUGAUUGGUGGAAAUGUCCAUCAAUUACCUGAGUCACAACUCAAGCUAAACUCUACAACUGGUAGUUUAGAAUCCAUACAUAGAAAAAGGUUUUCCCUAUAAUGGGAGAAGGUGAUUUUUAUGAAUACAAAGUGUGUUAAUUUCAGUUUUGUAUGUUUAACUUUUAUUAAAUAAAGUGUUUAAAAUCUGCUGGAUAUAUUUGACAAAGUGAAAGUAUACCUGGUAGGGGGGCAGUAAAGGAUCAGGAAAACAGUAAGUAUAGAAUCUGCUGGGCAGAAGGUAAACACUCAGAAGUGAAUCAAAAGUAUUUCACUCUCACUGCAAGAUGAAGUAGAUGUUGCCUAAUUCCUCAGCUUCACGGGUAGCAGGGGGUUAAAUUUUCUUUUGCUUAGAAAGAUCUUAAUUGAAAGUAAUCCAACCCUACUGCUUUUUAGAAAGGGAGCUUGUACUGCAGCCCGCACCCUGCGGGGACAAGUCUCAGCAGUGAUGUUAAACAGGUGAGUCCUGAAACACACUAAAGUAGGCUCUACCUGUUCUUUAAAAAAAAAAAAAAUAAAGUCUUUGGAGAAAUAGACUUAAUCCAUACCUGACAUGCAUUACAUUUGCCCAUCUUUUGAUGUAAAAGACCAUUUAUUGUAUUUAUCACAGGACCAUUUGUUCACUAGUCCCAAAGAGAAUUUAAGGUACAGUGAGUCAGACUGCAACGGGUGUGUGAGCCUCCCAUAUGGUAACAGACUUUCCAGCCCAAGUUAAAACCAUUUGGUCUCAUGGACUUCAAUUUUGCUGAGCCUUUUAAAAAAAAAAAAAUUUAGCAAAACCAGUAUAUUUCCUUUGAGUAACUUAUUCUCACCUCUUAGAACAUGGGUUGCUUAAUGUACUUAGCUGUAGUUCUUCUGUUGGCCACUGCAACAAAAUGCUGAAAGAAAGUUUUGGUAACGUAACUUUUCUUAAAUGCCUUACCUGGAAUAGGUAGUGACACAGUGAUACCACUGUGGCUGGGGUGGUUGAUCUAUGGAAGAGAGAACACUUUGGAGACAACUUGUAUAAAUAAAAAUGCCACCAAAACUGCCAUCCUGGCCACACAGCAAUUCCUUGUGCCACUGGAUUUUGAUGCUGUUUCUUCAUCUACAGGAUGGGGCCAGUUGGUGUGUAGUCUGGCUUUGGAACACUGCCUUGGUAAGGUGUCUUGAGACAUUCACAUAGGAAAAAUAAAUCCAUCAUGAGUUAAGCAAUGCUGGUAAUCACCAAAAAACCCCAAAAGUUCCUUAUUUUACAAAUGCUGAUGUGACCUUAAAUUUGUGGCUGAAAGCGUUUUGGUAUUUUUUUUUUUCAUAAUUUAUUUCCCACUUUUAUUAGCUGCUCUAACCAGUAAGAAAGCUGAUUUUUCAGAACUCAUGCUGUGCAGUGACUUCUGGGCCUCUCAGCAAGCAGAAUAAGUACCUGCCCCUGUGCUACCAAAUGUACUAUAGAGCAGACAGAACUUGGAAAUACCGAAAUGAUAGAGGAAACGUAAAUUAAGUGUAAAAGUAAAGAGUGUAAAACCACUAAGCUAGAGCCAUCAUGGAAAAGAUAUUUGUUAGAGAACACAGAUUUGUUCCUUUCAGAUAAGGAUACUGUGCAAGAUGACCAGUAUGGGCAAUAUGUUUCCUCUUUAAGUUAUUACAGGAAAUGGUUUACUACAGCCUUAAUCUUGUACAAAUUAUAAUCUAUUGUGGAAAUUAAACCAGCACAAAUCUGAUUCCAAUCUGGGACUGCUCCAGUCAGUUUAAGUAUUUAGAACAGUCUUAAGAGUAGCAACUUUGAAUUGUCAUGGUUGUGGCAAUCUAUUUCUCUUGCUUUCUAUUAUGCCAGAGUGAAUGUUGUGACAUUUCUGCAGAUGCUUGGUCUCAGAUGUUGGUAAAUACAAAAAAGUACUUUAGCUUAGAAGACUGCAAUUCAAUGCUGGAGAUGUUUAGAAGGCAAAACCAAUAGCAAACGUCUGUACUACCCAUUGAUGCUCCACUCACCUGCAUCAGCUCUGUGGCAGUUUUUUGUGAAAUAACCACCACUUGCAUGUCUCUCAACAGUUACACUAAUCUUGGGAUUACAGAGACCAUUCUUGGGCCAGGCCCAAGAGAAGGAUUGCUACCUUGCAACUGGUGCUGCUCUGUCCGUUGCAGUUUGUCCAGUCUUUAUCUGCUCCCUACAAAGCUUCACUUGGAUUGCAAAAUAAGGAAGGAUGUUUGCAUCAGGACUAUUAUGGUAAAUACCCCUGCCAUAUACCCAAGCUAGUGACCUGCUAACAUACAACCUGACUAAGCAAUGGCACCGACCCGUCAAAACUCUGGUCUUCAGCUGAAGGCUCUGCUGCACAAAAGCGCUCACGUUAUUUCCCCAUGUAAAGCAAUUACCCCUCUACAUUGAACUCACAACACUUCCUUGGUCCGUACAGAACUGUGAAGGUUUCCCACGCUGGACGCUGACAGAAAACGUCUUGCUCUCACCUGGACUGAAAGGUGAUGUUACUUCCCAGAGAGACGCUCUCUGAGGGAUACAAGUGAUGCUAAGUUCUAAGCCUUACAUUUUUAGCAGACCUGCUGAACAGGUAUUCCCUAGGGCGACGAGUUCUAUUUUGUACAGUUGUUCACCACUCCAGGAGAGGAAAGAGCUUUUUAUAUUUCCCCAUCAAGCCUCCCAGGAGGAGAUCCAAAACAAUGAAUUGUUUUGAGACAAGUAUUUUUGAAAAGAGAAAAGAAUUUCCUAGCCUUAGCUAAACUGAGCACUAUCUUAGAGUACUGUUAGCCAAGUCAAGUUAUGAACUAGGUCUGUGUAUAUUCUGACUAGCAACCACAAUGUUAAAGCCACCAUAAAAUGCUUUAAAUUCCUUGAUGGUUUAUCUGCUUUGCUGGAAUUUCCUUCAAGAACAAAAUUAAUCCCUGCUGAAAUGCAGCCCUGCUGCAACAUUCAUGACCCCGAUGAGACCUUAAGGAAGGGGUGAAUUUGGCCCAAAGCUGACUGCAUACACAUGGCGUAGCCUCCUGGCUCACUAGCAUUUCUUUCAGCAGGAAUCACAGCGGGGUAGAACAGAUGAAUGCUCAGUCUGUCUUCUGUCAAACCAGCCCUCUAACUCUCAUCUCGUGGAGGAGGCACACUGGAGCUAUUGCCUGUUGGAAGGCAAUGCCAGUGCCCUCCAGCCCCAUACCUGCUACAGUCAGAUCUGUGUGACGAAACAUCCCAGGGGACCUUACUGCAGAAAAUCCCAACCCAGGAGCAUCCCCGGAGGGGAGAUUAGCAUUAUUACUAGUGCUCAGAGCCACUUACUCAUCGUUCCUGUCUGCCCGAUUUCUCCGAAUCACCACCUUUCCAGUAUGUGAAUGCUCUUCAUGGUCUUAAAAGAGCUGGCCGGGGCCACCCUGUGCUCCCCAGGAACAUACAGCAGCUGGCUGCCUUCCCUUGACCGGCUGAAGACCAACAUCAGUCCUCUGCAGCACAGCAGACUACAAGCCAAGAUGCUGAAUUACUUGUUAAAGGUCAAAUUAACCUGCUCACCCCACCAGCUUGCUCUGCGCCUCACUGGGGUACUACAAACUAAGGGGCUGAUUUCUUCCAGUGUGGUAAAAAUAAAUCAAAAUAUUACCCACAGCCCUUACAGCAUGGUUAACAUUGAAGAUCUUUCCAAAAGAAAAUGACACUUCACAGCUUUGAGCUGCAUCAGUCAGGCCAGUGGCAGUGUGGCUCAGUUGUUCAGGUCUGUAUGACCACACCUCACGGGACACAUCCACCCUUCCCAGAGGUGCCUCAGCAAUUCCUGAUCCUCGAUAUUUUUGAAGGGACCUCAACACGAGUGCCCCUCCUUAUGAAGCAACUCUUUAGUUUUAAUCAAACACAGCAACACCCUGAACAUAAACCUCAAUACUACUUAUUUAGUACCACAGCCACAGUACCAAUACCCACAGACUCCUUAUUUCUGCUUCUGCCUAACAAUUAAAGGAUCAGUCCUCUUUUUGGGAGGAAAUGAGCAGAGAAGCAGGGGUAAGUGCUGACGUUUUAUCCCCAAUUGAACAACCUGUCUCUCUCUAACGGGUCACUCCAAAGGAAAGCAUUGUGUAUGCAGAUAACCACUCUCCUCCCGUGUUUAUCCUCCCAAACAUCACUCAGAUCUGCUGGCCAAUUUCAAGCAAAUUUGACAGCACAUCAGUAUUUUCUAGGUCUUUUGUGCAGAUUGGUGAACAGAGAGGAAGGAGGACACACUCCUCUUCCUGGGAGUCCCACAGGACAAUCCAGAGACUGUAUCAUGGAUGCAGGGGAGUUCCAGUCACUAUCAGGUCACAGAAUAUAUCACUCACCAGAGAAUCUGUCCACAGGACAAAGCCCCUGGAGAACACAUCAGACUUCAUUCUGUUAUUUAUAGACUUAUUUUUCAUUAUUAAUAUUAUCACCCCCCUAACCUCAGGUUGAAGUCCUGGUUUUUACCAUUCUCUUCCAGGAAGCGACCCCAAUUUCUCUUUCCAAUGACACAUGGUCAGUGCCAGGAAGUAUGCAACGAGAAAAGCUUAUGAUCCUGGGGAAAAAAAAAAAACAAAAAAAAAACCAAACACAAACUAUCUUCAUUUAUUGCACACAAUGGAUCCUACUUCCACUGAAGCCAAAUGUUUCAUCCAUUUCAACAGAGCAACACAGAAAGGCUACAAACAAGGAGCAGCAAGUACAAGAGAACAAAGAGUAGAAAAGCAGGAGGCUGGAGCUCACAGGCCAGAAAGAGAUGGUAGCAAACAAACAAAAGGAAAACACAACCACAAAACCAGGAAAAUUAUAGGUCUGUAUACUUAAUCCCAUUUCUACUGACCUACAGAUUUCUUGAGACAGCCGGAUUUGACAGCACCUUUGUCACUGACAUGCCUCUAAUGGACUGGACAUUAAAAUGACCUUCAAGUGACAACUCGCCACAGGAUAACCAUGACAAAUGCAGCCAGAUAGUCACCUGCACCUUGUCUGCAGACACGAGAUGACAUACUGUAAUACACUUCUGUCAAAAGAAGGAAAAUGCUGGAUGGUCUUUUUAAUGGGUUUGUCCAUAGCAGAAGGGCCCACCUGGGAUCUAAUUUGCAGAGGGAGGACUUGACAGAACGAGCUUACGAGGGAGCUGUGCGUGUGCGUGCAUGUGUCUGCUGCGUGGGCAAGUUGCCUAAGGAAAGCACAUCCAAUCCUGUUGCUGCAGAAAAAGUCACCGUAUUCUUGUAAAAUUAAGCAGAUAAUAGAUUUAGGACUUCUGUUACUCUACAAACACAAAGCAGAAAAACAGUAGCACCCAUAAAGAACACCAUAAAACCACCUCCCGCAGUUUUGCAAAGAUGAAAAUUAAAUGUGAUUCCAUGCCCAAAUUACUGUGUGGUGAGAAUAAGUGGUAUUCUGGAUGAAAUCAGAGUUAAUGAAGUGGGCAAAACCUAGGGCCACAGAGGAAACGACCAGGAGUGAAGUGUUUCACUUUACUCCCUAGUUGCAGAGGAGCAAAACGAGGCCUCAGAGGCAACACAAAACCCACAAAGUUGUGGAUUAAAAAAUGCUUCAGUUGGGAACCCAAACAGCAACAUACUUUCAGUGUCUUCUAUUUUGGGGUGAAUGAAAAUAACUCUACUUUCCCUUUUUUUUUUUUUUUUUAAGGACAGAGCUUGGACAAAACAGCCAGUAAGCUUCUAUGAACACUUUUCUGAGGAAAACCAGUAAAUCUGACUUACUGGACUGCUUAGAGUUCCGUAGUGUGAGGGACCAUCUCAGCUUCCAAAGGGUAAGAGAGACUUAACCCUCAAGGGUUUGGAUCUGCACCUUUGGAUAAUCACUCUCUUUUACAAGAUUUCAGGGUGGCUAGUAGGAACUUUGAUGGUACUUUGAAAAAUAACAUGACCUUAAAGCAGAUCUGGCACAUGGGACUAUUCUGGCUUGCUACAACAGGGACAAUUCAGGAAAUUAAUGCAUUUUUAAGCAAAAGGAACUAUUAUGAUCAUCUAACUGAUGUCUUGCAUAACCAUAUGUACUGAUCUGUACAAUCAUCUAGAAGUAACUUAUAGCAACUUCUCUAAGCAAAUUAGUCAUCUUAAGCUUUUCGACCCAACAGACCAGACCAACGAAGGGCGAUGUGAGGAGUGUGACAGGCCGGGCCGUGUGAGGUACAAGCACACAGCAAAGGCCAGAGUCCACAAAGCAGUAACUGAGUGGUGGAGGACAACCAACAAAGAAAUGUUUCCAUCACAUGAGAAACUAUCCAAACUCUAGCUGAAAUCUGCUCAGACCUGCCACAAAGAACCCCCCAGUACCGGAGCAACCAACCCCACGUCUAGCAGUUAUUAUAAAGGCUCUUAAUUUUCUUUUAUCCCUGAUCCUCUUCCUGGCUAGAGCACUGCUGCUAGUUGAGUGGUCAGGCAGGUGGCUAGCAAUGGAAGCUCACCUCCUGCUAUAUUUUCCCCAUUGUAUUUUCUCCUGAUAUCAAGACCCCUUUGAGUCCACAAUGCUAGAAAAGGUAGGAGAUACCAAACUGGCCCUGGAGCAUACAAGCAAACAUUUCAGACACAUUUAUUCCAACCAUGUUUUAUACCAAGGAGGAGAGCCAAGCCAUUCUCCACCCCUUGAACUUCAGUAUUUCUCAGCUGUGAUAUUUCUUUCCCAAGUGGCCAUUUAAAACAAACAGGAGUAACAGGAAGGAGGAGGUGCUGGGACAGCUACAGAAAAGGGGUCAUAAAUAAAUAAAUCCCACUGGUAUUCAACCGUUCAGCACCAGGGCUGCCAAUGGUCAAUACUUUUAAGGAGAAUAAUAAUGAAUAAAUAAAUAAGGCCUUGCUAGAGCUGAAGUUUCCACUUCUCACCACUCAGAAGACUGUCCCAAACCUUGUGUCAUCCAGAGAUUAUAUGUACCCCAAGCAUAAAUCCAAGCAGCAUUUCUUCUUUGAAAACCCUCAGGCCCCAUUUGUUGACCCAGAGCUCAACUCAGUCUGUGGCAGACUCCUGCUCCCGCCAGGUCACCGCCCAGAAGGAGUAAGAACAGAGGUACUGAGCCACUGUAUUACAUACACACAAGUGAAAACAGAUUUAACAACAGCAACCUGAUCCAGACUUAGUAAGCAAAUUAAUUUUAAAAACCAAAACCAAACAUAAACUGUUCAUUACAGCCAUGGAAAGAUUACUUCUCUACUCAAGCAUGUGUGCUGCGCCUCUUACAGGGGAUGACACAUUGCGGGGGAGAGUGGGGGAAACAUCAGAAUAUUUAAACACAAGCAACUUAUCAUAAUGCAAAAGUCUACAGCAGACUGGCUCAGGAUCUUCUCAUUGCAGGAUCGAAGGGCACAAGAACAAAGAGUCGGCUAAAGUGAUACGAGUGACCAGGAUGGAAGAACACGACUCACUUCAGAUACAGAAAUGUUUAAUGGCGUUAAAGUGCUACUUUAAUGGGGACCAUAUGCUAACAUUUAAACACAAUUCCACUGCACUGCUAAAUAUGGUUGUCUUUAUUUUUUUAUUUUAUUUUACCUCUUUUUGCCCAGCCCUACCUAAAACAAUAAAAUAAAAUCUAAAGGACUGAAAUUAACAACCCAUUCAAAUCAGCAAUAAGUUAUGAAUUUUAUAAAGCAUUUUUUCCUCUUUUUUUUUCUUAGUAACGAGGGGUAGUUAAAUUACUUAAGGAUAUACAAAGUUUCAAACAAUGCCAUAGGUGAGGACUCUAUUAAGGUUUUUAAAACUUGGAAAACAAAAUAAUUCUGGCCAUUAAAAAGACAAAAAUAAAAAAG